AUGAUGGAGACCUUAGGCUGUGUUAAGGAGUGUAAUUUGCUCUAUUACCACUUCAAAAGACCCUUUUUAGAUUUGGAUUUUGGGUUGUUUGCAUUGGCUAGUGACAGUGAUAUUAACCAUUUGGGUACAUACGUGGGUAAACAUAAACUAGUUGAAGUUUAUGUUGAACAAGGUAAAACAAUGUUGCAUACAUAUACAAUGUCAUCUGCCCCUAUUAAAGUUGGGAUAGAGGAAAUCGUUGAUCAACCUUCGUGUAGUAGAAGGCUAUUUUUGGAAUGGAAGGAAACUGAAAUAGGGGAUUGUAUUGGAUCAAUUAAACUAGACGUUAUGCCAACAAAAGAAAUUGAAAGUGAUCAAAUUGAUGCCCAAUGUGAAACACAAUGUAUAUUUGAUGAAUUUCAUGAAAUUCUAAAUGAAGAACCUGUAGGGAUUACUCAUGAAAGUGACAAUAGAGAUGAUGUUGGUGAUAGUGAUAAUAGUGGGUUUAUAGUAGACUUAGAUAACCUCCUAGAUGAACCUGGGAUAGACAUGAAUGAGUUUUUUCUACAUAUUGAUGAAGAUAUAGAGUGGUUGGGUGAUCUUAGAGGGUCAAAUGUCAAGGAAACCUAA